AUGUCCGAACAACAGAACAAGCAAUACUCGUCUGUGCGGAGCAAGCCUGUAGGACAACGCACCCUGGGCGAGUCUUGGGUAGCUCUGCCGGCGAGGACGCGCAUACAGAUCUCGCUAGCCGUCACGGGCAUCGCGCUUGCAGGCAUCUACCUCUCCGACCAGCUGGAGCGGGUGCUACCACCUCCAGCGGACAAGAAGCCUCUCUCAGAAGGCGCAGCGAAGGACGUGCCGCCACCAUGA